AUGCCGGCCCACCUUCCCCAACACCUUGGUGGUACACCGAUUGACACCUCACAUGAAGUCGGAACUCAAACGGAGGUGGCUUCAAGAUCUCAUGUUGUUUCAUCGCGAGGGGAUGAGGAUGCCAUUGCUGAGAUUCAUCGCACCCUGACAGGACGGAGUCACCAGGGAGUUGGUCAACAUCCCGAGCCCCAUUCCUCGUUCGACAGCUUCUUGGAAGCAGAACUUCGAGCUGGAAGGAGAAAGCCAAGUCUUGGUGUCUGCUUCCAGUCAAUCACAACAUGGGGAGCUGGUGAAGCUCACACGACUGUGAAGACACUAGGAACAGCUCUGUGGCGUACACUAACACUACAAGAUAUCUAUGAAUGGACAAUACAGCCCCUGUUUUCGCCUAGAAAGCCACAAGAUGGACGCCUCCUUAUUCGAGAUUUCUCUGGCGUGGCUCGGACCGGAGAAAUCAUGCUAGUUUUAGGCAGACCGGGAGCCGGGUGUUCAACGUUCCUUCGAACAGUUGCUGGCUACCAUUCUUCUUUCUUAGGGGUGACCGGGCAUAUCGAUUACUCAGGCCUUACUUUGGAGCAUGUGACGAAGUACUACCGCGGCGAGGUGAUCUAUGUGCCAGAGGACGAUGCGCAUUUUCCCACUCUCAACGUUCAGCAAACACUGGAAUUCGCUCUUCAGAGUAAGACGCCCAAAAGGUAUCGAGAGCGAAUCCCACGAUAUCUCGAGAUCUACGGCAGGGUUUUUGGUAUGUCCCAUACCAUGAAGACCCUCGUGGGGAACGAGUAUAUUCGUGGUGUGUCUGGAGGAGAACGAAAACGACUCUCUAUAAUUGAAUCGCUUGCAACCGAUUCCUCAGUCGUGUGCUGGGAUAAUUCUACUAGAGGCCUAGAUGCCUCGUCGGCGUUGGACUACGUCCGCAGUCUUCGGAUUAUGACUGACACAUGCGGAAAGGCGACCCUACUGACCUUGUACCAAGCGUCUGACGCCAUUUUUGAUUUGGUUGAUAAGGUUCUGCUCAUUGACGAAGGGCGAAUGCUCUACCAGGGUCCAGCGUAUGAAGCGAAAGGCUACUUUGAGAAUCUGGGCUACCAAUGUGCGGAAAUGCAAACUGUAUCCGAUUUUCUGACCAGCAUUACAAUCCCUGAGCGACGGAGGUUCCGGCCUGGUUGGGAAAACCGCGCCCCAAAGGGAGCGAUUGAACUAGAGGAUGCGUUUCGAAAAAGUGCGGCUUUCCAUCGAAUACUGGAAGACAUUCGGAACUAUGAGGAAAAGCAGUCGGAUUGCGAUCGUGGGAGCCUGAAGGAAUUCAAGAGCACGAUACAAACCGAAAAGUCUCGUUUUGUCUCCCCCAAAUCUCCGUAUACCAUCUCCCUGUUUCGACAAGUGGUUCUGUGUGGCAAGCGGCAGAUGUGGCAGGUGAAAGGCCAUAUUUCGCCAUUAUUGAUCAAGCUCAUUUCAUGUGUGAUUUAUGGUCUGCUGAUUGGCUCAAUGUUCUAUGAGCUACCAGAGAACACCGAUGGCAUGUACUCGCGUGGAGGAGUGAUAUUCUACUCCUCUAUUUUGCUUGCUUGGCUUCAAAUGUCCGAGCUAGAAGAAGCAAUGCAAGGCCGGGAUAUACUCAGUCGCCAAAAGAAGUUUGCCUUCGUACGACCAAGCGCCGUAUGCCUGGCUAGGGUUCUUGCGGACCUUGUCCUGGUCUUCGUUCUCGUGCUCUUGUUUCUGAUUGUUGUCUACUUCCUGGCUGGGUUGAAAGCAAGUGCGGGAUCCUUUUGGAUUGAUUUCCUCUUGAUUUACCUGUGCACAAUCUGUCUGACUGCCCAGUUCCGGCUAUUUGCUGCUGCAUCAUCGAACUUCGAAGUCGCAUUGCGCUACAGCGGGGUUUCUGUACUGUUUUGCAUCGUCUUUGGCGGCUAUGUGCUCUCUGUGGACAAGAUGAUGAAUAACGUUCCUUGGGUAGGGUGGAUAGCGUACACUACGCCGGCGCUAUAUACAUACGAAGCAAUGAUGGCGGCAGAGUUUCAUAACACCAAAUUCUCAUGUGCGCCUGGCGCAGUUGUACCUUCAGGGUACACCUACAAUAAUGUUGCUUAUCAAACUUGUGGUAUUUCUGGUAGUCAGCCAGGGACAACAACGGUUGAUGGCGAUCAUUAUUUGGCCGUGCAUUACGGUUUUUAUUACCGGAAUGUGUGGCGCAACUUUGGGAUACUAUGCCUUUUUACGCUUGUUUACAUUGCCGCUACAUGCUGGCUGAGUGAAGCUCUUGACUGGGAGCCAGGCAGUACCGGGCCAAUCCAAUACCGAAAGCGCGCCAAAAGCAGCCAGCGCAAUUUCAAGAGUAACCAGGACGAAGAGAACGGUCCUGUACAGGCUCUUGGAAGUGCCCCGCCCCCAACCCAACCUUCUUGCCAACAACCAGUUCAAACUGUCAAAGGUACUUCUUCAACUUUUACGUGGAAGAACCUUGAACUCGAAGUCCAAUGUGGGAAAGAGACUAGGAAGCUGUUGGAUGACGUGAAUGGCUACUGCAGACCCGGGACGCUGACAGCUCUUGUAGGAGCCUCUGGGGCGGGUAAAUCAACUUUAUUGACUGUUCUCACGCAAAGACAAGCAUCAGGGAUAUUGUCUGGAACCAUGAGCGUGGAUGGACGUCCCGUUGACGAAUCUUUCAAACGCAAUAUCGGAUAUUGCCCGCAGAUGGAUGUUCAUGACGAGACUAGCACUAUUCGAGAAGCUCUUGAGUUUUCCGCACUGCUUCGUCAGCCUGUAUGUGUCCGGAAACAAGAUAAGCUCUCUUACGUGGACACCGUCUUGCAUACCCUUGAACUGGUUGACUUCCAGAACGCCAUCAUCGGAUCUUUGGAUAUCGAGAAGAAAAGGCGGGUCACUAUCGGAGUGGAGCUCUGUGCGAAACCUGAGCUGCUGCUCUUCUUAGAUGAACCCACCAGUGGCCUGGGAAGUCAAGGCGCAUCGAGCAUUGUGUCUCUUCUGCGGCGCCUGGCCGACCAAGGAUUAGCCAUCCUUUGCACCAUCCAUCAAGCAAACCAAGAGCAAUUCGAACAAUUUGACAGAGUCCUGGCCCUCAGCCCGGGCGGACGAACUUACUAUUUCGGUGAAAUCGGAAGAUCUGGAUGUUGCAUUUUUGAUUAUUUCACGAAGUACGGCGACCAGCCCAAGAAAAUCACCAACGCAGCAGACUACUUGAUUGAAGUCGUUGUCGGGGGCAUGAGGGAUACCGGCCACAAGGUGGACUGGGCAGACAUAUGGGAUGGAUCCGCUGAGGCUGACGCCCUCAAAAAGGAGAUCUCCAACAUCCACAGGGCGAGGUCGCAAAAUACUGAAUCAUGUGACAGCACGAAGCAGACUCAUUCUAUGCCGCCCCUGUAUUGUCAGAUCAGCCUUUUGACGCAGCGCACGCUUCGGCAGUACUGGCGGAGCCCUGAAUACCCCUAUUCGCGGCUUUACGCAUCGUUCUUCCAUGCUUUGAUUAACGGAUUGACAUAUUUGCAAAUCGGAAACAGUUCUACAGACCUGCAAUCGAAAGCAUUCUCCUGUUUUCUGGUUCUGAUGCUGGUGCCGGAGUUCAUCAAUGCAAUUUCGAUGCGAUUCAUUUUGAACCGUGAUAUCUGGAAGACCAGGGAGGGACCCAGUGGAGUGUAUUCCUGGGUUGCAUUUUGCACCGCACAGAUAAUCUCGGAAAUACCGUACGCGAUAAUCAGCGGAGUGGUAUUCUACGUGUUGUAUUACUUCCUUGUCGGUCUUCCUCUGGGGUUCGCAGCUGCUUAUACGUUCUUGAUGUUCUUCCUCUUUUUCCUUUUCGCUACGUCCUGGGGUCAAUGGAUCGCUGCUUUAAGCGCGGAUUCAAUGGUGGCUGCUACCCUUAUGCCAUUUUUCAUCAUCAUGUGCGAGCUGUUCAACGGUAUCUUGCAGCCACACAAGAACAUGCCUGUGUUCUGGAAGUACACGAUGUACUAUGUCACGCCGUUCACUUACUGGAUAGGUGGUGUAUUGACGUCUGUUCUACGUGGUAUGCCCGUUGUCUGCAGUCAAGAUGAGUUGGUUGUUUUCGAGAGCCCGCCCAACACGACGUGCGGAGAGUAUGCGAUGCCCUGGCUGUCCAGUACGGGCAGCGGUUAUCUCUCAAAUCCUGAUGGUCGUGGCCACUGCGGAUACUGCAAGUAUAGUCGAGGUGAUGAUGUGAGUCUUAUUUGGUUGGGAAUGUAA